CAACCCCGAAUCGACUCGACGUGACGGGCGAGCGAGCGAGCCUGCGAGACGAAGAGAGAUGCUACGGAUACGGGGCGCGCACCAGGCCACCUUGAGGGCAAGGCCCCUCUUCUCGCAUAGUAGCAGACCCGUCGUUGGCGUCGCUUCAAGUGCGACAGAUGCGCGGCGGACCUUGUCUACCUCAUUGCCCGUUGCGACCGAGGCGUCGGCGGCCGCCCAGCCGUACCUCCUCGAGCCCCUGGUCCCCUACCUGUCGUCCUUGCCCGACUUCUUGCACCUCCCCGACGGCAGCCACAAGUAUGCCCUGAGCAUCUUUCUGGGCACCUGGCUGCUCCGAACAGCCUUUACGCUGCCCGUGACGAUCUGGCAGCGCAGACGGACUCGCCGCAUGGUCGAGCAGGUCGGGCCGAGGUGGGAGCGCAUCAAGGCGGAGCUUCCCCCCAAGAUCCGAGCACGGUCCCGGAGGAUGGGCCAUCCCUAUGAGCUCUUUCAGAAGGAGCUUCAAGUAGAGCUUCGAAAAGAGCUUCGGACACUGACGCAGCGGUACAAGUGCACGCCACUACCCACCUUUAUCGUGCCGCUCGCCGUCAACGUGCCGCUGUUCAUCUCCGUCUCGCUCCUGCUGCGCACGGCUCUCAUCCUGCACGACCCCGCCGGCCUCUCGUCCGAGGCGAUUCCCUGGUGGCGCCCGCCGGCCGAGCUCCAGGAGCGCUUCGACGCCAGCGCCAAGCUCCUGGCCGCGCGCGGCAUCGAGGGCGAGGCGCUGGCGCAGCUCACCAAGAUGCACGGGCCCACGCUGCAGGAUGUCGACCGGACGAUGCUGGGCCCCAUUGGCCUGGGCAUCUCGACGAUGGCCAACGUCGAGCUGGGCCAGUGGCUUCGCAGGGGCCUGCGCGGGCCAAGGGAGGGCGAGGGGCACAAGAAGACGGGCAAGAAGACGGCUGAUGGAAAGGAGAUUGUCGAGGUGGAUCUGGGCGUCAUGAGGGAGUCGUUCAUGGGCAACACCCUGCGGGUCAUGAGCAUUGUCUUUGUGGCCAUCUCGAGCCAGGCGCCUGCGGGUCUCGUCGUCUAUUGGCUCUCGUCUGCGAGCUACACACUCGUGCAAAAUACCGUCUUGGCAAUCUACGACAAGGCGACAGCAAAGACACCGACUUGAGCGCAAUACAUGCUAUUAAUAGAC